GGUGUCAUACCUAAGUCUUCUGCUAGGUGGCAAGGCUGUAUUAAAUGGCGCUGAGUUUGCAAGCAUCGUGCGAGAUUCGUUGAAAAAAUAAAAUAAAUUGCUUCAAAUGUCCAGCGAGGAUACGUUUUACAGUGAGGAGGAGGAGGAGGAGGAGGAUGAUGUGGUCAACAACACAAGUUCGGGGCGCUCAAGCCGCUCAUCCGGUCUUAAGAACCGUUAUAGUAACGCCACUGGCCAGUCGGGCGUUGUUAUAGAUGAAACGGAUUCGGAGGAGGGGGACUCGGGCGAGGAGCAGUCGCAGUCGGAGGACUCCGAGGAGGAGCAGUCGCAGGACUCCGAGGAGGAGCAGUCGCAGCAAUCCGAGGAGGAGCAUUCAAGCGGAUCCGGGGAGGAGCUCGUAAAGAAACCUCUACGUAAGCGUCUGCGUCCACCGCGAAUUGAAUCCGACGGCGAAGAGGAAGAUGAGCUAGAUCAGCGUGCAUUGUCGCCCUGCACACGAAUGAGCAUCACUGGGGUGCGUCCUCAAGAUUUGAGCGACGGCGACAGCGAAAUAGAGUACGGCAACGAGGGGCAGAAGGAGAUAGCUGCAGCCCGUCUCCCUCAGACUGUGGACUUGCCACGCUACUCCUCUCAUUUUGCGGGAAAUAUCAAGGAGGAUCUGCACUCAACCGUGUUUCAAAGCCCAGAAGAUCCAGCGCCCCUGAACGAUUCCAGUGGCAGUGGCAGUGAUGUACUCAUUCUCAGCAACAAGGAGCCACUUAUAGAGAUAUCCAGCACGGAUGACGAAGCCUCCAACAAGGAAAACGUUUCUAACCCUCCCAUUUCGCGUCCAACCAGAUCCUACUCGCCACGCAGCAGCGCUGGCGCUCCCGUGAUAAAGACUGGCAAGAACCUUAGCCAGCCCACGAUUCAGGCUGCUCUCAAGCAACGCUCCUCGCCCGUUGCCCCCCGCACAUCCCCGAUGAUUAGCCAGGAGAACUACCACGAAGAGCUGCGGAAGCUGACCGAGAUGCGUAGCCAGAUGAGCGAUGCCGAGAAGCUGUAUGAAAAGGUGGCCAGCAAACUGCCUGACAAGGGCAGCCAGAUAAAGAAGCGCAUCGACGGUCUUCGUAGGGAGAUUGAAGCCAAAUCGCAGGCCAUAAGCAGCAUAAAAGUAGAACCGGCCAAAGUCCCCGCCAUUAAGGCAACCAAGCCGAUGAUGGCUGCGCCCAUGACCCCGCAAAGCGACGCUGCUGAGUGGGAGGAGCUAUCGGCGGCAGUCCAUCAGAUUAAACCCGUCUAUACAGGCACCCAGGGAAUGGCUACGUUUAACAACCAGAAGGCUCUGACGCUGGACUCGUUAAAGGAUCUUCACGAAUCGCUGAAAGAUUGUCCAGGACCCGAAGUGCUAGCGGAUGAUCCGAUUGGUCUCAAAGUAGAUCUGAUGGGUCAUCAGAAGCACGCUUUGGCCUGGAUGUCGUGGCGCGAAAAACAGCAACCGCGUGGCGGCAUUUUGGCCGAUGACAUGGGCUUGGGCAAGACUCUGACCAUGAUCUCAUCCGUGCUAGCAUGCAAGAAUCGCCAGGAAAGCGGCACUGCCGCUGAUCAAGACAGUAGCGACGACGAGGACGAGAAAGGCAGCAAGCGGAAAAGCGUGGGGGGUUGGAACUCAAAGGGUCGCAAAGACACCCACAAAGGUGGCACACUGGUGGUGUGCCCGGCCAGCUUGCUGCGUCAGUGGGAGAGCGAGGUAAACUCCAAGGUGAUGCGGAAUAAGCUGACCGUUUGCGUGCACCACGGCAAUAAUCGGGAAACCAAGGGGAAGCACCUGCGCACCUACGACAUCGUUGUGACCACCUACCAAAUUGUGGCUCGCGAACAUAAGGAAAUGAGUGCUGUGUUCCGGGUCAACUGGCGUCGCAUCAUUCUGGACGAGGCACAUGUGGUGCGUAACCAUAAAUCACAGUCCUCGAUGGCUGUUAGUGAACUGCGUGGCAAGUUCCGCUGGGCUUUGACCGGUACUCCCAUUCAGAACAAGGAGCUCGAUGUGUAUGCCCUAUUAAAGUUCUUGCGCUGCUCGCCUUUUGACGAUCUGAACACGUGGAAGAAGUGGAUCGAUAAUAAGAGUGCCGGGGGACAGAACAGGCUAAAUCUGCUGAUGAAGUCGCUGAUGCUGAGACGCACCAAGGCCCAGCUGAUGUCAGAGGGCAAGCUAAACAGUCUUCCCCAGAAGGAGAUGCGUCUGAUGGAGAUCACGCUGGAUACAGACGAGAUGAAUGUGUAUCAAAUGGUGAUGACGUACUCGAGAACUCUCUUUGCCCAGUUUCUCUUUCAGCGUGCCGAAAAGGAUACGGACGCCAACUUUAUAUCAGAUGCCAAUAAGCCGACAUAUAACCAGAUCAAAGACCCAAAUGGAGCCUACUACAAAAUGCACGAAAAGUUCUCCCGAAUGGCUGGCGGCAAUAGGGAGGUAAAGUCGCAUGAAAUUCUGGUGCUUCUACUGCGUCUACGUCAGAUUUGCUGCCAUCCCGGAUUGAUAGAUGCCAUGCUUGAGGGAGAGGAAGCUGUCAAUAAUGACAGCAGCGACAGCGAUUCGCCGGAACUCGAUUUGUUGGCACAACUAAACAAAUUGGCCAUUAAGGACACAUCCACAUCCUCGCCAUCCAAUCUCAGUGGAAGCAACGAAGAUGGCAAAGAUGAGGCACCGCUGCGGGGUGAAGAGGCACGUUUUGCCAAGGCCUCCAAGAAUGUGAUGAAGCGUACCAAUCCGGUGUUUAAUCUGAGUCGUCCCUCUUCGAAAAUGAUCAAAAUAAUGGACAUUCUCAAGAAUACCAUACUGAGUACCAGGGAUGACAAGGCUAUUUUAGUAUCCCAAUGGACAUCCGUGCUGGAUAUAUUGCGCGAUCAUUUGGAGAAGGCCGGAAUGCAAACUCUUUCGCUGAACGGAGCCAUUCCGGUGAAGAAUCGACAGGACAUUGUCAACCAGUUCAAUGAUCCCAACAACAACAGGCGUGUCCUUUUGCUCUCCCUCACUGCUGGCGGUGUGGGUUUAAAUCUAAUUGGUGCCAAUCAUCUCUUACUCCUGGAUCUGCACUGGAAUCCCCAGCUGGAGGCACAAGCCCAAGAUCGUAUUUAUCGCGUCGGCCAAAAGAAGAAUGUCAUUAUAUACAAGUUCAUGUGCGCGGAUACUGUGGAGCAAAGAAUUAAGGCGCUGCAGGAUAAGAAAUUGGAGCUGGCAAACGGCGUUCUAACGGGAUCCACUGUGAGCUCCAAACUCACAAUCGAUGACCUCAAGGGUCUCUUUGGUCUAUAAGACUCUGUAAAUGCAGCGUUAAGUAAAAACACCCGUAUGUGUUUAUUUACAGCAAAUUAUUUAUUUAAGAUAAAUCUAUAAUUGUUUUAUGUAUUUGAAUCCUUUGUUUUGAAGCAUUUGUAUGGAAAUUAACUAGGAUGCCAUUUAAGUUGUUUAGUGUUUUACAGUGAGUUUUUCGUUUAAAUUGAAAUGUGUUUCUACUAAGUUGUAAUAUCCUUAUCCUAAUAUUUCGCGUAGUAUUUUUAAGCGGACACAAAUAAAUUCCACUACAAAUUGAAUAGCAUAA